AUGGCCUCCCUGACCGCUGAGGAGCUGCUCAAACACCCAGAAUACAACCAUACCGUCUGGGUUCUCAAACCAGAGAAGCAGGACAAAGUUGCUGUUGCGAAAGACAGAGGCGGCCCUAUCAACAUCUCCUAUGAGGUUCAUGGACAUGGCGACCGCCACAUCGUAUGGAUCAUGGGCCUAGGCGCCAUGAAGUACGCCUGGCAGCGUCAAACGAAAGACUUUGCCCAUACAAAAGGCGACACCUAUUCAUCGCUGAUCUUUGACAAUCGCGGUGUGGGCGAUUCAGACAAACCUAGGUUUCGAUACUCGACGUCUGAGAUGGCCAAAGAUAUUGUCGAGAUCGUUGACCAUCUUGGCUGGACAGGAAAGCGUGAACUACACGUCAUCGGUAUCAGUAUGGGCGGUAUGAUCGCACAGGAACUUGGCUUUUUAGAAAACCUCUGGAACCGUGCCAACCUGUUCAUCCCCAAAGCAGUCGACGUCCAGAUUGAAAACGUCAAAAAGAACUUGUACACUUCAACCUGGCUCUCUGCCCCCGACACAGCGGAGCCCAUAACGGAACCCUUCCCUACAAAUGGCGACCGCUUCGCCGCAAACGAGCUUUGGAAGCGCCAACAGCCCGAAUCCUUCCAAAAAGCUGGUUUCCUGCUUCAAGCGGUUGCCGCGGGCUGGCACUACAAGUCACCUGAGCAACUUCAGCAAAUCGCAAAGACUGUAGGGAAGAGGAGGAUUAUGGUCGUUCAUGGCACGCAGGAUCGCAUGAUUACGUUUCCGCAUGGGGUAGUGUUGUGGAGGGGGUUGGAGAAGGGGGAAGCGAAGACGGGCAAAGAGAAUUGGCUGGGAAUUGAGGAGGAAGAGGAUGUUUGGGAGGAGGGGGAGGUGGAGAAGAGGUUCGUGAAGGGCCAGGGGCAUGUUGUGCCUGCGGAGAUGAGGGAUGAGUUCCAGGAGUGGGUGGAGGGAUUGAUUGAGAGGGGAAUCAAGCUCAAUGGGGAAGAAGGUGUGUGA